AUGUCAAGCAAAGUUGUGAUAAUUGACAAUUACGAUUCUUUCACUUGGAAUUUAUACGAAUAUUUAUGUCAAGAAGGAGCUAGUGUGGAAGUUUUCAGAAAUGACAAAAUAUCGAUUCAAGGCGUUGAAGAGUUGAAACCAGAUACAAUUGUGAUUUCUCCAGGUCCAGGCCAUCCACUAACAGACUCUGGUAUUUCAAGAGAUGUGAUUAAGCAUUUUGCAGGAAAAAUCCCAAUUUUUGGUGUUUGUAUGGGUCAACAAUGUAUUUUUUCAGUUUUUGGUGGUGAAGUUGGUUACGCUGGUGAAAUUGUUCAUGGUAAAACUUCUUUAAUCAACCACGAUUCAAAAGGAAUGUUCCAAAAUGUUCCUCAAGGUAUUGCUGUUACAAGAUACCAUAGUUUGGCUGGUACAAAAGUCUCUCUACCUGAAGAUCUUGAAGUUACUGCAAGAACUGAUUCGGGAAUUAUAAUGGGUGUUCGUCAUAAAAAAUACACAAUUGAAGGUGUUCAAUUCCAUCCUGAAAGUAUAUUGACUGAAGAAGGCCAUCGUAUGAUUAAAAACAUUUUGAAUAUUAGAGGUGGUUAUUGGAAUGACAAUGAAAAUUGCACUAUUUUCACUGAUAAGGAAGUUAAAUCAUCAACAACUAAAAAAGUUAAAACUUCAAUUCUUGAUGAAAUUUAUGCUAAAAGAACUUUGGAUGUUGAAGAAUUGCAGAAAAUACCUGGUUUCACAUUUGAUGAUUUGAAGAAAAAUUUUGAUUUAGGAUUGGCUCCACCUCUUGUUGAUUUUUAUGAUAGACUGAAAAAUGGUGGUACUGAGUCUUGUUUAUUAGCAGAAGUUAAAAGGGCGUCUCCAUCAAAAGGACCAAUAGAUUUACAAGCCAAUUCUGCAGAACAAGGGUUGCUUUAUGCAAAAGCCGGAGCUUCUGCAAUCUCUGUUUUAACCGAACCUCAUUGGUUCAAAGGUUCAAUUCAAGAUUUGAAAAAUGUUCGUCAAGUUGUAUCUUCAUUACCAAAUAGACCAGCUAUUUUGAGAAAAGAAUUUAUUUUUUCGGAAUAUCAAAUUUUGGAAGCAAGACUUGCUGGUGCUGAUACUGUGUUAUUAAUUGUUAAAAUGUUAAAUGAUGCUCUUUUGAAACAAUUGUACAACUAUUCAGUGGAAUUAGGAAUGGAACCUUUAGUUGAAGUGAGUUCCGCAGAGGAAUUCCAAAGAGCUUUAAUAUUAAAACCAAAAGUUAUCGGGGUUAACAAUAGAGACUUGCAUAGUUUCCAAGUUGAUUUAAAUACAACUUCAAGCUUGGUUUCUUUAACCCCUAAAGAUACUUUACUCAUUGCUUUAUCCGGUAUAACGAAUGGUCAUGACGCUGAAAAAUAUAAAGCUGAAGGUGUCAAUGGGUAUUUAGUUGGUGAAGCAUUAAUGAGAGCUGAAAAUGUGGAGGAAUUUGUCAAAGACUUAUUGAGUCAAUAA